AAAUAUUCUAUAUAUACUUAGGUAAUCUGUUUACAGUGUAUUCUCUGUUUGUAGUAGUCUCAUCUCAUGAACAUGAUACCAAUCAACAUGCUACUGCUAACUAAAACAACUACUUACUUGAUAAAGUAGGUAGCUAUUAAGUUACUGCAUGCAUUUUAACAUAAUUUAGCAUAAUUGUAUAAAGUGAUAGGAUUCAAACGUCGUAAGCUUAGUUGUCAUAUGAAACAAAAACGUAUCUAGCUACUAAGUAUAGGUAUUUUCUAAAAGGCCCAGGGUGAAGACGCCGAUUAUUUUGCGCAUGCGUAAAAGCUUCGGCCCCUGUGACAUUCAAUGCUCCCCAAGACGCCUAGCACAAACAUAUGGAUAAACAAACAGUAACGCUACUCUGAAUUAAAUGUUUAAAUAUAUUUAAAAUAAAAUGGGCAACCAAUUCAAAAACGUGGCGGUGAUAGCCUGUUUAAAAACGUUUCUUUUUGUUUUCAACGUCGUAUUUUGGUUCACAGGGCUGCUACUGUUGCUGGUGGGACUAUGGGCCGAGUUUGACCUUCACAAGUAUAUGGAGCUAUCUCCUGAGUUCUCCGGGACUGCCCCUCACGUACUCAUUGGUAUCGCUUGUCUCAUCGUCCUCGUCAGCUCUAUAGCUUUCUCCUGCAUCAUCAAGGGCCAGCCUGUGUUGCUGUACAUCUACGGUGGAUUCUUGGCUUGUAUCUUUAUUAUGGACGCGGGAGUAGGGGCAGCCGCAGCAUGUUAUCGGGACACCUUCGCCAAAAGUCUACAUGACGGUCUCACCCAGACUAUCACCAACACCUAUCCCCACAAGGCCAACUUUGAUUUCGCACAAAAAAAUUUGCGGUGCUGUGGCGUAUCUAACUACACUGACUGGAUAAGGCUGUCACCACAGAAAGUGAUCCCUAUCUCGUGCUGCCUCAAUCCGGACAUCUGCAUCACGGCUAAUUACAGUGACGUCUUCCAACGAGGUUGUUACGCGGUGAUCUCGGAAUACUUGGAAAGCAACAUGGACCUAGUGGUAGGUGUCGCCAUCGGCACCGCACUGCUCCCGCUCAUCGGAACGUUUCUCUCAUGUUUUCUUGCCAGUUACAUCAAGAAAUCCAAGUACGACGUGGUCAACUAAUAAUACUGCUAUAAUGCGACUCUCAAUUUUCUAAUCUCCUCUCGACUGAAGCUAUCCAUGUUGGACAAAUUUGCAUUUUUAUUCAUAUUUAAUAUUCCUUAUAUACCUACUUAAAUUAAUAUAUUUAUUAAAAUUUAUGUUUACAAACUUGAAUAUUAUAUUUAAAAUCGAUGUAUUCUUUACAAGUAUUAUUAGCAUCGUCAAUUUUUAAAUGUUAUUAAACUUGAAGCAAAGCGAUUUACUGUUUUAUUUGUUGUAUGAAACAGAUUCUUUACGAAAUAACUUAUUCUAAUCAAUCUUAUAACUAUCAGAAUAUAUACAGUCUCAUGAAAGCUAUGUACGCUUAAUUCGUUUGUCCUAACAUACCCCAAGUAGUGAAUGUUUCUAAAUAACAAACUAGGUACAAUUCUCUUACAUAGGAUUAGUUGCAUACAGAUAUUGUUUUGCCAUUUAUUUUACUAAAAAAUUGCAUAAAAAGUCUGGUUUAAGAAUAUAUAUAUCUGUUGAAACACCGGCUCCCGGUAUUUAAACCAUUAUGGCCGCAACUUUCAGCAGACAAGAGGACAU